AUGUCAAAGGAGAAAGGUGAAACAAUUAAUGGUGAUGGAGCCGUGGUCACAGAGCAAACAAAUGAAAAACGAAUUGGUUGCACCCAUUACAAACGUCGGGCGAAAUUUGUGACACCCUGCUGCAACAAAUUUUACAUGUGUCGAUAUUGCCAUGAUGAAAAAGAACAACACUAUUUUAAUAGAAAAUCUGUUACUGAGUUAAUUUGUACUGAAUGUGAUACAAGGCAAAAGGUACAGGCUGAAUGUGAGAACUGCGGAGUUAGAUUUGGGAAGUACACAUGCUUGAUCUGCAACCUGUUUGACGACGAGGACAAACGGCAGUACCACUGCGAUGGCUGCGGCAUCUGUCGCGUGGGCGGCCGCGAUCGCUUCUUUCAUUGUGAGCGAUGCAACAUGUGCCUGCCUGUGCAGCUACAAAGAGACGGGCAUCGGUGUGUAGAGAAUGUUUCCCGUUCGAAUUGCCCGGUGUGCCUGGAGGACAUCCAUACGUCUCGGAUCCCGUGCCACAUCCCGGACUGUGGGCAUCUGUUGCACCGACCCUGUUUUGAGCAGCUCCUGCACUCUGGCCAUUAUGCCUGCCCCACUUGCCAGACUAGCAUGAUUGACAUGUCCAACUUAUGGGACUACCUAGAUUCUGAAGUGGCCGCUACACCGAUGCCACCAGAGUAUGCUGACUACAAAGCAACCAUUCUGUGCAAGGAUUGUCACAAGCUGUCUACUGUCAAGUUUCACAUAGUAGGCCUCAAAUGUCAACACUGCGGCGCAUACAACACUUGCCAAACCAAUGGUUUCCACAAGGAGUCGGGGAGCGCGGAGGGCAGCGAGCCGUCGGCUUCGAACGCUCCGCAGACGGCGGGGUCAACGACCUCAAGCGCGGGAAACGGAAGCUCGGCGGCGGGACUAGGCGGCUCUGGGGCGGGGCAGAACUCGUCGGGGGCGGGGGCGUCGGGCGGGGGCGAGGGCGAGUGCACCCUCCCGCGCGCCUCGCCCCUCGACGAGCCGCCACAGGCA